GCUUACGGUUGGCUUCUCGCUCCUUCUAUACCACUCUCAGUUAAUUUUAAUACAAAAUCUUUCUAGUGUUUAACGAUAAAACGUACAUCAUCCUACCUGGGAAGGGAACCGGAACCUUAAAACCCUAACCCUAGCUCUGUCGAUUUUAGGGUUUUCCAUCUCCGAUUUCCGAAUUUAGUAUAUUCAAAUGGAAGCCGAAGAAGAAGAUGUUUUGAAGGUGAACGAGCCUUCGGUUCCGGUUCAAAAUGACGCCGUACUGUCUCCUGAAACACAGGAGGAGCUCCGGAGAACCGAGCCCCAAUGCAUGUCGGAGUCUUUACCCGAGCCCGAGCUCAAGCCCGAAACCGAGGGCUUUGGGCAGGGUGUUGAGGGGGAAUCUGAUGCGGUUCCAACAGAGGAUACUGAGAUUGUGGAGGAGCUGAAUGUCGCAGAAGGUUAUGGGACAGAGGAUACUGAGAUUGUGGAGGAGCUGAAUGUUGCAGAAGGUCAUGGGACAGAGGAUACUGAGAUUGUGGAGGAGCUGAAUGUCGCAGAAGGUCAUGGGACAGAGGAUACUGAGAUUGUGGAGGAGCUGAAUGUCGCUGAAGGUCAUGGGACAGAGGAUACUGAGAUUGUGGAGGAGCUGAGUGUCGCCGAAGGUCAGGUGACAGAGGAAACUGAAGUUGGGGCCGAGGAUGAAAAGGGAUUGGAGACGGAGAAGGUGUUGUCCGAGGAAGGUGUUGUAGCUCACUCGGCAAAGGAGGCUGCUGAGAAGUCUAAUGUGGCUGAAGUGGCUGAGGAGACUGUCAUUUCAUGGAAGGACCAAGCAGAGGAAAAGACGGCCGAAGUGGAAGCGGAGGAGGCCGAAGCAGAGGCUGAGAAGGUCCAAGCGGUGGGGGAGCAGGCUGAGGCAGAGGGUGAGAAGACUGAGGCUGAGGUGGAGGGAGAUGAUGAGGCAAAUGUGACGGACAUGGCGGCUGAGACCGACAUGGUGGAGGAGGUGGAUAUGGCUGAUGAUGCAAUGGAGGAGACAACUGAGGCAGAGGAGACAGAGGCAGCAGAGGAAGAAGCAGAAGGGAUGGAGGUAGAGGUGGAGGAGGAGGAUGAGGAAACGAAUAGGGCCGGCAGUGGCGGGAAGAGGAAGCGUGGGAAGAGUUCUAAGGCGACGGGAAAACUCCUCUCAAAGAAGAAGAUGGAAGAGGAUGUCUGUUUCAUUUGCUUUGAUGGGGGUGAGCUUGUACUUUGUGAUCGCAGGGGAUGCCCUAAAGCAUACCAUCCUUCAUGUGUUAAUCGUGAUGAGGCUUUCUUUCGGGCUAAGGGUCGAUGGAAUUGCGGUUGGCACCUUUGCAGCAACUGUGAGAAGAAUGCCCACUACAUGUGUUAUACAUGUACCUUUUCCUUGUGCAAGGGGUGUACCAAAGAUGCUGUCUUCUUAUGUGUUCGAGGAAACAAAGGCUUCUGUGAGACAUGCAUGAAAACUGUCAUGUUGAUUGAAAAGAAUGAGCAAGGAAACAAGGACACGAAUGAAGUUGAUUUUGACGAUAAAACCAGCUGGGAGUAUCUCUUCAAGGAUUAUUGGAUAGACUUAAAAGAGAGGUUAUCUCUAACGGUUGAUGAACUUGCUCAGGCCAAGAAUCCAUGGAAAGGAGCAACUGGACAUAAACAGGAGUCACAUGAUGAACCUUAUGAUGCUAAUAAUGAUGAAGGGUCUGAGUCAGACGAUUCUGAGAAUUUGGAUUUGGCCAACUCUAAAAAAAGAAAGGCCAAGAAACGAUUGAGAACUCGUAGAAAGGGGAAGGAUUCAUCAAGUCCAGCUACAGCAACUGGCUCUGGACGCCCAUCUGCAGAUGACAGUACAGGGUGGGGAUCAAAGGAACUCUUGGAGUUUGUUAUGCACAUGAGAAAUGGUGACAAAUCUGCUCUAUCUCAGUUUGAUGUCCAGGCUCUUUUGCUAGAAUAUAUAAAAAGGAACAAACUUCGUGACCCUCGCCGGAAAAGUCAGAUAAUUUGUGAUCUAAGGCUUCAAAAUUUAUUUGGGAAACCACGUGUUGGGCAUUUUGAAAUGUUAAAACUUCUGGAAUCCCACUUUCUUGUAAAAGAGGAUUCUCAGGCUGAUGAUCUUCAAGGGAGUGUUGUUGAUACUGAAGGCAAUCAGUUGGAGGCUGAUGGAAACUCUGAUACACCGGCAAAAUCCGGUAAAGACAAGAGACGCAAAACACGUAAAAAGGGUGAUGGGAGAGGACCACAGUCUAAUAUUGAUGACUUUGCAGCCAUUGAUAUACACAACAUUAAUUUAAUUUACUUAAAGCGUAAUUUAGUGGAAGAUCUACUUGAUGAUCUGGAUAACUUUGGGGACAAGGUUGCUCAUUCUUUUGUCAGAAUUAGAAUUUCUGGUAGUGGUCAAAAGCAAGAUUUGUAUAGGCUGGUCCAAGUUAUAGGUACAUGCAAAGCUGCUGAGCCAUAUAAAGUUGGUAAAAGGAUGACAGAUAUCUUGCUAGAGAUAUUAAACUUAAACAAGACAGAGAUCAUUUCAAUUGACAUCAUCUCAAACCAAGACUUCACUGAGGACGAAUGCAAACGACUGCGUCAGAGCAUAAAAUGUGGACUUAUCAACCGGCUAACUGUGGGUGAUGUUCAAGAGAAAGCGUUGGCACUCCAAGCAGUCAGAGUCAAAGACUGGUUAGAAACAGAGAUAGUGAGACUCAGUCAUCUUCGUGAUCGAGCUAGUGAAAAAGGGCGUAGGAAGGAGCUUAGAGAGUGUGUAGAGAAAUUGCAGCUACUGAAGACACCUGAGGAGCGCCAGCGUAGACUAGAGGAAACUCUAGAAAUACAUGUGGAUCCAAAUAUGGAUCCAAGUUAUGAGUCCGAGGAAGAUGAAGAUGAAGGAGAUGAUAAAAAACAAGAAAGUUAUAUUAGACCUACAGGUUCUGGCUUUGGAAGGAAGGGGAGGGAGCCAAUCUCUCCACGAAGAGCAGGACCUUCAUCAAAUGAUUCCUGGAGUGGGACAAGGAAUUUUUCCAGUAUGAAUCGGGAGUUGAGCAGGAACAUGUCAAAUAAAGGGUUCUUCAACAAAGCAGAAAAUACAACUGCAGCUGGUGAGAUAGUAAAUGAUUCGUGGGGUCAUGGAAGAGACAGAGAAACACAGCAAACAAACCACUGGGAGAAGAAACAAAAUAUUUCAAGUUUAGAAACCGGUGUUAGGAGUACACAGUCUGCAGUACCAUCUGAAUCAUCUCCUGCUGGCGGGUCAGAAAAUUCAGUGGUGCAUCUCUCCACUGGUGUAGCACAAUCUGCAGCCAAUAUCAAUGAAUCAGAAAAAAUUUGGCAUUACAAGGAUCCUUCUGGAAAAGUCCAGGGACCAUUUUCCAUGGUACAGUUGCGUAAAUGGAAUCACACUGGCUAUUUCCCUGCCAACUUGAGAGUUUGGAAAAACACUGAGAAAGAAGAAGAUGCUAUACUGGUAACUGAUGCAUUGGCUGGAAAGUUCCAGAAAGACCCUUCAUUCGUUGACAGCAGUUUUCCAAAGGCUCAAAUGGUGCAUAAUUCACAUCUCUCACCUGUACAUUCUGGGAAGUCUCAAGGAGCUCUCUUUCAGCGAGGUACAGAAGGCCAAGCGGGAGGAGUAAGUUGGGGAUCUCAAAAUGAAAUUAAUUCUUCCUCAGGUAGAGGUACUCCACAAUCAGUUGAGGUCCCCAAGUAUUCUUCAGAUGGGUGGAGCACAACAAACCUUCCCUCACCUACUCCAUCCCAAACUCCAUUGGGUGGGGCAAGGGGGCAAGCUUACGAAAGUAAUUGGUCACCCAGCCCUGCUCGUCCAGGUGGCUCUGUCUUGGGAGGCAACGGAGUGCUGCAACCUACUGCAGUAGUUACUCCAGAAAGUGCACUGCGAGCUUCUGGAAAUGAUCGCUCAAGUUCUCUUCCUGGCAUUAAUGCAGCACCCAAGUCUGAAAAUGCUACUCUUCUGGGCUCUACAACUGCUCUUCGAAUGCAUGGUCAAGUAACAAGGUCAGCGCCUGUAUUGUCCAAUGCCUCAAUGAAUCAAGUAGCUGAUGUGAAUAACCUAGUUUCAAAUCUGCAAAAUCUGGUUCAGUCAGUGACUAGUCGUGCUCCUGCCAGCGAUGCUCGAGGAUGGGUUUCUGGUUCAGUUCCGAAUCAGGAAAUGACUGCCUCCGGCCCAGUACCUGGGAGUGAAUCUCAACCUUGGGGAGGUGCUCCAUCUCAAAGGAUAGAACAAAAUAAUGCUGCUACUGUGCCUGCACAACAUCAAACCCAUGGUUACUGGAAUAACGCUCCAUCUACCAACAAUGCUCCCUCAUCUAUGAACACAGGGAAUUUAGCUGGAAAUUUCCCUACAUCAGGCUUCUCGGGUGUUCCGCACUCUGAUCCUUGGAGACCCCCAGUUCCAAGUAAUCAUACAUACAUUCAGCCUCCCGCACAACCGCAGGCACCUUGGGGCGUGGGAGUUCCAGAUAGCCAAAGUGCUGUGCCAAGAACGGGGCAAGAGAAUCAAAAUACUAGUUGGGUGUCAAUGGCAGGAAAUCCAAACGUGACCUGGGGAGGACCGGUGCCUGGUAAUACAAACAUGAACUGGGGACCUCCGAGUCAAGGUCCAGGAUGGACUGCACCCGGCCAAGGUCCUGUACCUGGAAAUGCAGUUACUAAUUGGGUCCCACCUGGUCAAGGACCACCAUCGGUAAGUGCAAAUCCAGGUUGGGCUCCACCUGGUCAAGGGCCAACACUUGGGAAUGCCAAUCAUGGUUGGAGUGCACCCAAUGCAACUCAGAAUGGAGAUAGGUUCUCAAAUCAAAGGGAUCGAGGUUCUCAUGGUGAUCCUGGUUUCAGUGGUGGCAAACCUUGGAAUAGGCAGUCAUCUUUUGGUGGUGGAGGUGGGGGAGGAGGUUCUUCCAGGCCUCCUUUCAGAGGGCAGAGAGUGUGCAGGUUCUUCGAAAGUGGUCACUGCAAGAAGGGCGCGUCGUGCGAUUAUUUGCACCCGGACCAUUAAGAAUUUUGGGAACACAGCAGCAGAGCAGUUACUGUACAGCAAUUUCCCAUCCAGAGUUUUGACUUUGUAUAAACUUUUUUUAAAAUCUCUUAUUUACCAUAACUUGGGGCAGUUUAGUGUAUUUUUGCUUCCUUUUAUCCCGCUUUUUCAUUAAAAGCCUUAUUAUAUGGUAGAUUUCUUCUCAUUUUGAAGUAACAAAAGUUGUAGACUCCGACUACAACCCAAUAUUGUAUACAAAACAUAGUUAGCACAGAGUAAUUUGCAUUAUUAUAAUAGAAAUGCAAAAUGAUUGUCGAUC